AUGAAAGAGAAGCGGGUGUUGCCCUUGGCUGUGGACCAAUUCACGCCUAAAACACCACCACUAUUUAAGGUUGUGACAGAUCGCAUUUUGUUAUCGGGCGGAACUGUACGUAGACACCUUGAAGCAUUUGGGUAUCAUCACUGUGCUUCUAUCCGACGCUCAAGCAUGCGAGAGAAGGCCAAACUUUCCUGGAAGGAGGCGCGCCUCGAGGCCGAAACCUGCUCCCUUGUUGUCUCCACCGAGGACGGUGCUUGUGUGCAAGAGGAGACCAAGGCGCCCGUCUGGAUGACC